AUGACGAUAAAUUCGAAGAAAACAAAAGAUAUGUGGAUAUGUUUUAACACAGCAAUACCGGCACCAGAACCAUUGGUCAUUGGAAACGAGAUAGUGGAAAGAGUAAAUUCUCAUAAACUGUUGGGUGUCUGGCAUCAAAACAAUUUGAAAUGGAACUGUCAUGUCAAGAACAUUGUAAGGAAAGCAAAUAAACGAAUGUUCAGUCUGAGAGAAUGCCGUAGGGCGAAUCUUCCUCCUGAGGUCGGUAUUACAUGUUACGAAUCCAAGAUUAGACCUGUUUUAGAAUAUGCAGCUCCGAUAUGGGGUGGUUUACCACAAUAUCUCAUUAAUGAAAUAGAGAGCAUUCAAAACAGAUGCAUCAAAAUCCUCGGCACAUCUCGGUGCAACUUUGAAACGCUAGAACAAAGAAGGGCACACCUAACUGUUAAGGAAUACCAAAGAAUUCUAAGUGAUCCGACCAACCCAUGUAAUAAACUUAUCCCCCAACCUUUUACCCAUAAACACGAUCUAAGAACAACAAAUAAUCUACCAUAUGUUGUAUCGUAUACUAAAAGACACCGGCAAUCCUUUAUACCUAGAGCUAUAUCCCUUUUAAAACAGUCCUAAAUUAAUUUUAUAGAAUAUAUAACUAGUAUAAACAUAAUAAUAAAAUUUAAUAAAAUCGAAUAAUAGUAAAAUUUCUUCUUAGCAAUUUUAACCUUAGCUUCUUGUAAAUCCAUUGUACAUUUUUAACCAAAGAUGGAUAUUAAAUGUUAUUAUUAUUACAGAGUACUUGUGUCUAAAAAUAACAUGUGGGCGUCCCACGGUCUAGACAGGUUUUGUGGCAGGCCCUAUUUCAAAUUAGGGCCUGAACUUCAGGUUAUUUAAAUUACGCUCCUGCUGUCUCCGAUUUUAUACUAAUAUAUGUGUCAUUUUUGUUGUGGUACGUUAAAUGAUAGAUUGCGCAUGCAUAACCGAUUUAAGCGUAAAAGUGCGCAUGUGCAACAAGCUUUUACACCCCACAAACAAAGAAGCAAAUGUUUUAGCUUAAAUUCGCUGAUUGCAAGUGGAGCGUGUUUGUCCAUUUUCAAAUUGGAACUAUGCGAUUACAAAUUAAUAGCAUGGCUUUUCGGGAGAUUAGUGAUUAAAUGACCCCUUACCCUCGUGCCAAGGGUAAGGGGUCAUUUAAUCACUAAUCUCCAGAAAAGCCAUGCUAUAUUACUUAUAAUUAUGCGUGUUGGACGUAAACAACAUAUCUUGUCUACAACUUUGGGAAGGUACAUGCAGAUAAAUCUUUCUGAAAUCCUUAGUUCUGCAUCCCUCUAUCUAAAUAAAAUCACAAGGACGGCAAUGCUAAGUCUUUUGGCUACGUCUCUGGGCCGAGAAAUAACUCUUUUAACGCGAUCAAGGUAUUUAAUUAAAACAUAAGUAACGCAAAGCCAACGGAUCGACAAAGACAACACUAAAAUGAAAUAUUUUCGAUGCAUGAGUUGCUGGUAGAAGACUUACAACAGGACCACUCUUUAGUAAUCUUAAACUAGAAAAAUAAAUCUUCACAUCAAAGACAAAUAACAGUGCCAUGCAAAGUAUAAAAUCUGCUCAGUAAACUUACGACGAGUGGAGAAAUGUGUGCAUGAGCUGCUUAUUUGGUGAUUACAACGUAUAUGAAAGCCCUCUUUCCAAUAAUACUUGAUAAUCAUACAGAAUAACACCAACUGAUAUAAUAUUUCAAACGCAAUGAUAAGUUACUUCAAAAACUGUGUUGGAAAUUUAAUUGCUAACCCAUUACAUAACAUUACCGUUUUACAUCGGUGUAUAAAACAUUUUGAUCGCAUGUAAGGAAUUAUUUCUCAGCCCAGAGACAUAGCCAAAAACUUCGCAUUAACGUCCUUGUAAUUUUAUUGAGAUAGAGCCAGAACUGAGGAUUUCAGAAAGCUUUAACUGUACCUUCCCAAAGUUGUAGACAAGAUAUGUUGUUUACGUCCAACACGCAUAAUAUAACAUAACUCAAAAUGAUUCGAACAAAACCGGUCUUUUGAUAAAAGGAAGACUGGUUAAUAGAAAUUGGUCUUUUUGAGUGACAUAAUCGUUUGUCGUCAUCGAUCCGUGUCGUUGGACAAUGAAAAAAGUUGUUGUGAAAUUAGUGAAGAUAAAAUUGUGAGAAAACUGCCAGGGGGGUAAGUUUGGACCAGCCUGCCCCUGGUUCUACCGGAAUUGUGUGCCCCAAGGUAGUGGUAUCCGGCUAGAUCUUUUUGAAGUGCCAUGAAGCUAUUACAAUAUGAACAUUUUGCUGGUCGUUUAGAAGCGAAUUUUAAUGGUAUCUUGAACUGGAAAUACAAAAAUAUAGCAAAAUAUGCAAUAAAAAACACAACUAUGCAGAAAUAACACCACGCAGAAAUUGUUUUUGACAUAAACAGUGAAAUGUUUGCCACAGUACUUAUGCACGUACAACCUUAGAUGAACAAGGUCCCCGGAUAACUCAGUUCAGGGUGCCCCCCCUGGAAACCUGCUUGCCUGGGUGCCCCGGCUCUUACAGGGUAGAGCUCAUAGGAGUAACGCCACUGAAAACAGCAGGUCUAUAGAACGGUAAGUUUUCGGAUUUAAACUCAGCGGGUUCGAAAGUGUUCCCGUAAAAAUAUUUCAGCUCCAAGACAGGUGAAAUAAAAAUCGCUUUCUAGACACUUUUCGAGGUCACAGCAUACGGGCUAAUUUUUUUUUUUUAAUCUUGUCUGGGUCAUAAGAAUUUUAAUUUUCUAAAGUUUUGAAAUGAACAGACUUGCAGAAAUACAUAUACCAAAGCAAUGGGUUAAACUCAGGUUCAGCGAUAAUCGCGCUUUGAACGUAUCUAUAACCUCCGUAUCUAUAACCAAUCAUGAGAUGGAUAAUUGCCUGUCCAUUUUUUGGCUUUUACGUGCGCUUGCGCGUGGGAUUAAUAUUAACGCGAAUACUGUUUUAAUAUUGUAGGCUAAUCUUAUGAUAACUUUGGAGCGUACUUUCCGUGGUUUUCCAUGGCUGUUUCCUGCAACUGUUAAAGAGGAAAUCAGAAUAGAAUUUAAGGAUCAAAGUUCACGAUCGUGGUUCACGAAGCUGUGGGAAGUGCUGUUUGAAGAAGUAGACGAAGUAAUGACUAACGCCACAGAAAAGAAAGAGGAGAGAUUGGAGAAAAUCGAAGGGAAAUUGAACGCAUUAUCGCGUAAAUAUGAAAUCGGAGAAAAGAAAAUUGAAGAACAACUGAACAAGAUUCAAACGAUGCUUGAAAAGAUGGAAAGUAAUAUUCAGCCAGCUGUCCAAUCCAAUCAAUGUAAGGAUACUCGUAAGUGA